AUGGCGGCAUCGACGGCCGCACGACGACGUCUGGCCGUCAUGGUCCAUGAGCGGUCCAUCAGGGCAUUAGCAUGGCGGACGGAGCAAGCCAUGGUUAUUUCCUCUGACCGCUCCUCGUUUGGAGCAUGGAUUGGGAUGCACACACACACACCCCACGCGAGGCUGGUGCUAAAGGGAUGGGGUAAGUGGAGCUCCGGCCUCGAUUCCCCGGAUCCCAACGGCCUGGGAUUCGCUCUCGUGCGUUGCUCUGCCAAACAAGGCGUCGGCAUUGUGCGUCCUGCCUGCGCUUUGCACUGGCACUCGGCCUGGGUGAAGCGACAGCCAUGGCCAUCCCGGCCCAGUGCCGCAGUGGUCAAGCAAGGCAUAAUCAACCACGCUCGCACCGUGGCUGCUAUCGCAUUCUUCGCUGACAUCGGCCUUCGAGAAGGCUGCUUGGAACAAACGCUCGAGCCGGGGGCUGUCUGGGGCGACGAGACAAAUCAUCCACCUCAUCCCUCAUUCAUCCAUUGCUCCCGUCCAUGA